AAGCGUGUAGUGGUGUUGUAAUAAUACGCAAAACGGCACCGGAAACCUCAACCAAAGCUGGAUGCGUCCGAGAUUGGGCUGAGGGAAAUGUCGGCCAACCGUAGCCGCUCGAUGCUAUCGGUUAACCUCGAGGCGGCCGCAAUGGCCAACGAUCCGCUGCGGGAGCUGUUCGAGGCGUGCAAAACGGGUGAUCUGGCAAAGGUAAAGAAGCUGAUCACGCCCCAGACAGUAAAUGCACGCGAUACGGCCGGAAGGAAGUCAACUCCGUUGCACUUUGCUGCUGGUUACGGACGGCGAGACGUGUUCGAAUUUCUGCUUGCCAAUGGCGCUUCCAUACAAGCGCGAGACGAUGGUGGACUGCAUCCUCUUCACAAUGCCUGCUCCUUCGGCCAUGCGGACGUCGUUCGUUUGCUGCUAGAAGCCGGUGCCAAUCCAAACACCCGUGAUAACUGGAACUACACACCACUGCACGAAGCUGCCAGCAAGGGCAAAAUCGAUGUUUGUAUCGCCCUACUGCAGCACGGAGCCGAUCCAAGCAUUCGCAACUCGGAAAACAAGAUUCCGCUCGAUCUAGCUGAUCCUUGCACGCGUCCCGUCCUAACUGGCGAGUAUCGGAAGGAUGAACUGCUGGAAGCGGCCCGUUCGGGCUCGGAAGAACGGUUGCUAGAGCUGCUUACACCGUUGAACGUAAACUGUCACGCAAGUGAUGGGCGCAAAUCGACUCCACUGCACUUGGCGGCCGGAUACAACCGGAUCCGGGUGGUACAGAUCCUGCUGCAGCACGGAGCGGAUGUACAUGCGAAGGAUAAGGGUGGCCUGGUGCCGCUCCAUAAUGCAUGUUCCUAUGGCCACUUCGAGGUGACUGAGCUGUUGAUCAAGCACGGUGGCAACGUGAAUGCGAGCGACCUGUGGGCGUUUACUCCGCUGCACGAAGCUGCCUCCAAGAGUCGGGUCGAGGUUUGCAGCUUGCUGUUAAGCGAGGGUGCCGUCCCGACGCUACUGAACUGCCAUAAUAAAUCGGCGAUCGAUUCUGCCCCGACGCGCGAGCUGCAGGAGAAGAUUGCUUACGAAUAUAAAGGACAUUGCGUGCUCGAUGCAUGCCGGCAGGCAGACAUUCAGCGACUGAAGAAAAAUCUAACCACCGAAACGGUUAACUUUGUGCACCCAUAUUCAGGCGAUACGCCAGUGCACGCCGUUGCCCAGUCCGUAUAUCCGAAGCGCAAGCAAGUACUUGAGGUGCUGAUUCGCAAGGGCGCCCUACUAAACGAGAAGAAUAAAGACUUCCUAACGCCGCUACACAUUGCGGCCGAUAACUCGCACUACGAGCUGAUGGAUGUGCUGCUCCGGCACGGUGCCAAGGUUGAUGCACUCGAUGGGCUUGGCCAAACCGCACUGCAUCGGUGUGCUCGCGAGGACAACAUCCAAGCUUGCCGGUUACUGCUUUCGUACGGUAUCGAUACCGGUAUUGUAUCGCUUCAGGGCUACACAGCGGCCCAACUAGCCACGGAGAACGUGUUGAAGAUUCUCCAGGAUCCUCCCUCCGAUACGGUAGAUCUCGAGUGUCAGCUGCUGGAAGCGGCUAAAGCCGGUGAUCUCGAUACGGUGCGGCGCAUUGUACUGUCUUCGCCGAUGACAGUGAAUUGCCGUGAUCUGGACGGGCGUCACUCGACACCGCUACACUUUGCGGCUGGCUUUAACCGUGUGCCGGUGGUCGAGUUUCUUCUCGAGCACGGCGCAGAAGUACAUGCCUCGGACAAGGGUGGUUUGGUGCCGUUGCAUAACGCUUGCUCGUACGGUCAUUACGAGGUAACGGAACUACUCGUUAAACAUGGCGCUAACGUGAAUGUGGCCGAUCUGUGGAAGUUUACACCGCUGCACGAGGCGGCUGCCAAGGGAAAGUACGAAAUUGUCAAGCUGCUGAUCAAGCAUGGAGCUGAUGUGACUAAGAAGAACCGUGAUGGUGCAACACCACUCGAUCUCGUCCGUGAAGGUGAUCAGGAUGUGGCUGAUUUGCUGCGCGGUAAUGCGGCACUACUGGACGCUGCUAAAAAGGGCAACUUGGCCCGUGUUCAACGGCUCGUCUCGCAGGACAAUAUUAACUGUAGGGAUGCACAAGGACGCAACUCAACGCCGUUACAUCUAGCUGCCGGAUACAAUAAUCUUGAGGUUGCGGAAUAUCUCCUCGAGCACGGUGCCGAUGUGAAUGCGCAGGAUAAGGGAGGAUUAAUUCCGCUGCACAAUGCAUCCUCGUACGGGCAUCUGGAUAUUGCUGCGCUACUCAUUAAGCACAACACGGUGGUAAAUGCAACGGACAAAUGGGGGUAUACGCCACUGCACGAAGCGGCCCAAAAGGGUCGCACGCAACUGUGUUCACUUCUCCUCGCACACGGAGCCGAUCCGUUUAUGAAGAACCAGGAAGGACAAACCAGUCUAGAUCUCGCCACCGCCGAGGACGUCAAAUGCUUGCUGCAGGAUGCGAUGGUUGCCUCGCAGGGUACCGUGUCCGGUGCGGCUGGUGGCGCGACGGCUGCUGGAACGUCACAGAGUGGCAUACUCUCAGCGAACGGUACACUGCUAUCGACUAGCUGCUCGCCAACCACGGAAACUGUAACACUGCCGACAGGUGCCUCCAUGACACUGUCCGUUCCUGUACCACAGCUUCCGAUCCGUAGCUGUCUCAGUCCGGCGCAGGGUGCCGAAGCAAACGUGGAUGGUAUUGUGGUGGAUCACGAUGACAAAAUGCCGUCCGUUCCGUCGAUCGAGUCGUCCGUUUCGGUGUUUCUUACCAGCUUGCAGCUAGAGCACCUGAUCGAUCUGUUUGAGCGCGAGCAAAUCACGAUGGACAUUCUCGCCGAGAUGGGUCACGAGGAUUUGAAGCAGGUCGGUGUUUCGGCGUACGGCUUUAGGCACAAAAUACUUAAAGGCAUUGCAACGCUCCGGGCAACGACAGGACUUGGACUUACGCCGAAUCCAGGCACGCUCCUGGUGGAUCUUCUUCCCGACGACAAGGAGUUCCUUGCGGUCGAAGAGGAAAUGCAAGCCACCAUACGCGAGCAUCGUGACAAUGGCCAUUCCGGUGGCUAUUUCAAUCGUUACAACAUUAUGCGGAUACAAAAGGUGCAAAACCGCAAACUUUGGGAACGGUAUGUCCAUCGGCGGCAGGAAAUAUCGGAAGAAAAUGGGCACCAGGCAAGCGAACGGAUGCUGUUCCACGGUUCACCGUUUAUCAACGCGAUCGUACAGAAGGGUUUUGACGAGCGGCACGCGUACAUUGGUGGCAUGUUUGGUGCCGGUAUUUAUUUUGCGGAGCACAGCUCCAAAUCGAACCAGUACGUGUACGGUAUUGGUGGUGGUAUCGGUUGUCCCACGCACAAAGACAAAUCUUGUUACCAGUGCCAUCGACAAUUGUUGCUGUGCCGUGUAGCACUCGGCAAGUCCUUCCUGCAGUUUAGCGCUAUGAAGAUGGCACAUGCACCGCCCGGUCAUCAUUCCGUGAUAGGACGACCGUCGGCCGGUGGUUUGCAUUUCCCGGAGUACGUCGUUUACCGUGGGGAACAGGCGUAUCCGGAGUAUUUAAUAACAUACCAGAUUGCAAAGCCUGACGACGGUACUAACGGCGAAGAGCCGGCAAGAUGAUGGACGAUUUCGGCCGCUAGUA